GACUUGGGGAGGGUUUUGAGGUUUCCCAAAAGCAGUGGGGUUGGAAAAAGGCAGGGAGGCCCCUAAAUAGUGCUGUUGUGCCCUAGUGUCCGAUGAGCUGUGCAGCCACCUUGCAGCAGGGCUGGCAGCAGAUGGGCUCUCUGGCUCUUGGCUUCUCAUUUUGAUUAUUAUUUUAUUCACUUCCAUAUAUAUAUAUAUAUAUAUAUAAUUUUUAUUAUUAUUAUUAUUUUCCUUUGACUUCCAUUUUAAUAUCUUAGAAAUUCACUGCUCACUUUGUGGCAGGAGGCAGCCUGCACUGAUUUAUAACCUAUGGAGCAAGGGUAAAUCCUGCAGGGAUCAGUCCUAAACUUGAAAGAGCUGCAGCAACACACAUAGCAGAUGAGUGUCAGUGUAUCUGAGCCCACGUAGCGCUGUGUUAUCGGCAGUGCUGGGCUGACAGUCCAGAAGUGACAAACUGGGAAACAGUCCCCAGCUCUCAGCAAAUUCCCAGGGCUUAACAUUUGGUGUCAUUGUGAGACAGAAUGUACCCUCUCACUCCCUUUAUUAUUAUUUUGCUCUUUAAGCCGGUGGUUAGAUGGACACAUCUCAGCAGAACAGCAUGUUUUUGGCACGGGGGCCAUCCUAUCACUUUGGACCUCUCCGAAGGCGGCUGUGGUGCUGCAUAGUUGAGCAGCUGCUGCCCCGUGCUGAGCUGCCUGUGCUCACAUUGCUGUCAGGGAUGGAGGUGCUUUAUGUAAACACCAUCAUUCGUUCUCAUCGCUCGCGUAGCCCUGGCGUUUUGUUUUUGUUUUUGAAGCUCCUGAUUUUGGCUGAGCCUUCGGACGAAGCAGGGAUGAAAGCCUUCGGUUGUUGGCUUGGCCUUUAGGAUAAAAUAUAGCUUGGGCUCGAUCCUGCAUUCCAGGCAUUCCCCAAAAUCCGCUUGGCUGCUGCAUGAGCUUUGGGAGAGUGGAACGCAGCCCCGGUGUGUGCUGUGCAUGAUGUGUUCAUCCUGACAGUCCCCGUCCUCAUGAGACGCAGGUGGCACUGCGCACACAGACUGUCCCCUGCCAGCUCUGCUGCUCAUUGCUCCCGUUGGCAUUCCUUCUUUUCAGCCCUCAUUCACACCAGGGUUUAGUUCUAUUCCCCGUGUUUAGGGCUGUGCUGAUACGUGGCUUCCUGCCUCUUGCAGGCAUUUAAAGAAAACCUGAGCUUUUUCCUUUUGCAAAAGGAAACCUUGCCAGCUGCUCAGAGCGCGCCAGCGUUUCUUAGAAAAAACACAGUGUGCUCUCAGCACCGCUCUGCUGCAGUCCGGGCGGAGAGUUCCUCCAGCAGUGUUCAGUUUGUUGUUGGUUCUUUGAGCCAUGUGUCAAAUUUCAGCUCUUCUGGCUCUUCACUUUUACUAUAGGAUAUGGUUAUAGGCUGAGCCGCUAACCUCUGUGUGAACUUCCUCGCGCUCAGCACAUGUGAGCGUUUGGAGCUGCACAAACCAGGGGAACACGCGGUCUCGCUUCUAAGCUCUUUCAGCCUCCCUGUGUGGAUGGAGGAGGAAGCUGUGUCUUUAAGAAAUGAGGCUUUUUUUCCCCCCUAUUUCCUGCAAAAUAUGAAUAGAUGCUGUCAGUGGGAUGGAGGUCUCUGAGGGUGCUGUGUGCCACGUUCGCUGCCGAGCACACAUACGGCUUUUCAUUUUUCCCCAGAGGAGGCAAAGAUGGGCAAAUCUUGGAGCUGGGGCUUCAGUAGCAGCAGGAAGGCUCUUGUCCCUGCACGGAGCUAUUGACUAUUCAUGGCAAAGCGUCCAAAAUGCAGCGGCAGAGCCUGUGGAAAAUGACAGCGUGUAACAAGCCUGAGUGGCAUUUCCUUCACGCUGGUCACAUGCCUCCUAAUUCACACAUGCAGCCCUCAUAGGCUGAUCAAAUGACUUCUAUCUCUGCCUGCCGCAUGCCUUCCCCAGAAAGAGUUGUUUUAUUAUGCACACGUAGGGCUCUGCUUUCAAUCAGUCACCUUCAGCCGAUGACUGAGGGCCACUGUGCGCUCCGUGCGGGGGGACGCGGUCACUGCGAGGGGCACAGGCUCCAGCCCGCUCUCACCUGAACCUUCGCUGCGUGGUAUAUGCUGCUGGGAUACCUGUAAGAGCUCGCCCAGGAAUGGUGGAUCACCUGGUGCCUACUGAUGAAUCCUUUUCAUCUACAAGGUCUUCUCUGGGAUACUUUAGGGACAUGACAGCAGGGGUGAGGUCCUACCAAAUGCUGCCCUCUCCUCUGUCAGAAGAUGACAGCGACUCGUCCAGCUUUUGUUCUUGUUCCAGCCCGGAAUCCCAGGUUCUCAGCUCCAGCUAUGGAAGCACAUCCAGUGCGGAGAGUCAGGACAGCAUCUUAGACUACUUGCUGUCCCAGGCAUCUUUGGGGAACACCGCUGUGUCAUGGUGGGACAAAAGGAGACUUCAGCCCAUAGUGAAAGAGGAGUAUUUUAGGUUGCCUGAAUUCGCUGUGGAUAUGGAAGACUCUGGACCAUUUCAGCCCACGCUUGAGGAAAUUGAGGAAUUUCUGGAAGAAAACAUGGAGCUGGAGCUCAAAGAAAGACCUAAAAGUGAGACCAAGGACUUGAGAGCUUGCAGCCAAGUUUCUGUUGCUUCGCUACAGCAAAAAGACCAUAUGUUACCCAGUGCUACUUUAAAAGAGAGUAAAAAUGAACAGUUGAACAGCUCGACGGAAGGUGGCCAAGCUUCAAAUGGAGGAGUGUCCCUGGAGAAUGGCAUACCGGUUAUGCUCCAAAUUCAGCCUGUACAGAUCAAACAGGAGUCCACCACGAGCCCUAGCUCCCAAGGACCAGCACAGGAGAACAUUAAAAUUGCACAGCUCCUAGUCAACAUCCAAGGACAGACGUUUGCCCUUGUGCCCCAGAUAGUUCAGUCGUCCAAUUUGAACUUGCCCUCUAAAUUUGUCCGCAUUGCUCCCGUCCCCAUCGCUGCCAAGCCAAUUGGGCCAGGAGGCAUGAUCCAGGGUCAGACGGGAAUCAUCAUGGGUCAGAAAUUUCAAAAGAACCCUGCAGCAGAACUCAUUAAAAUGCACAAAUGUUCUUUCCCUGGUUGUACCAAGAUGUACACGAAAAGCAGCCAUUUGAAAGCCCACCUGAGGAGGCAUACGGGAGAAAAGCCUUUUGCUUGCACGUGGCCAGGUUGCGGAUGGAGGUUCUCCAGGUCAGAUGAGCUGUCUCGGCAUCGGCGCUCUCACUCAGGGGUGAAACCCUACCAGUGUCCCGUCUGCGAGAAGAAAUUUGCUCGAAGCGACCACUUGUCCAAACACGUCAAGGUGCAUCGGUUCCCGCGAAGCAGCCGCUCCGUGCGCUCCGUGAACUGACUGCUCCCACCUCCCCUCCCGCAGCCGUCCCACAGCAGCCGAUGACAGCACUUUGCUCACUACAUUUCUAGUGAUAAUUUAUUUGUCUUCACAGAACAGUCAAUGCUGUUACUUGAUACCACCGUGUCCGAGUAUCCCGUGUCCUGUAAAGAUGAUUUGAGAAUGAAGAUAUUUUGGGGUCAGGGGAGGGGGAUGUUUCUUCCUUUUUUUUUUUGUCUCCUUUUUUUUUUUUUUUUUUUUUUUAAGGAUGCUUUUUUUCCUUUCUCUCUAUCUUUCCCUCCUUUGCUGCUGCUUCUUUUGGAAAUUACAGUGUUUUAUUUUUAGCUGUUUUCUGCUGCACAGGAAAAUGUAAGAGUUGCUUGCUGCUAGUUAAUUAUAGCCCUGGCAUUCCUGAGGGCUUUGCUCAUGUACAGGCCAUUCAUUGUGAGUUUUUAUUAAGCUGCUCUAUUUGUCCAGUUUGGAAACAGCAAAUUCCUUUUGAAAUGAAAACAACUCCUUUGUUUUUGGGUCGCCCAAGCCAAGGAUUUGUAGGGGCCGGCCAUAGGAGGAGGAACAGUGGGAGUCAGGGAGAGGGGGAGGCGAGACAUGCGAGUACUGGAACGUGCCUCUGCACCGCUCUCAUUUCUCCAGCUUGCAUUUACCUUUUCCUUGGUUAGGGCUAUAUAUAAAUAUUUAUGUAUAUACAUACAUACAUACAUAUAUAUAUAUAUAUAUAU